GAAUGGGUCGCAAUUUACAACAUUUACUCGAUAAAAAUAUCACAUUUCAUCGAGUCAUUGCCUACGUGAUAUGUUUCUUCACCACCAUUCACAUUGGAACGCAUCUUUUUAACUUUGAGAGUCUUAUUGAUGCUUAUGGUCGUGACUCUAAGGAUCUACGCUUUCAUUUGAGUGAUCUGGGGGAUUCUGGGAAUGAUACUUACAUCAACCCUAUAAGAAAACAAGCUGCAGACCCUCCAACUGAAGUCUUUAAGACUGGUAACUAUACUUUUUACUUACGAAACUGAGAACCUUAGAUAACAUGAAAACAUGACAAGAUUUGCGCUGUGUAAUUUAAAAUUUUUAAUCGUGAUUUGUGGGAAGAAUUCGCGUCCUUUGCACUUAGUUUAAAUGCGACGUUGAAUUUUAACCAAAGACAAGAUAGAAACUGGUUUGUAAAUAUUCAGGGCUCAAUACUCGUUAUUUGUG